GUGCCUUCCCCGCUCUUGUGUCGGGAUCCACCGCUAACGUGAAGCUGUGGUGAAGACCCAGAGUUUCUUCAGACAUGUCCGUGAGGGAGUCUUUUAACCCCGAAAGCUAUGAGCUGGACAAGAACUUCAGGCUCACACGCUUCGCUGAGCUCAAGGGCACAGGCUGCAAGGUCCCCCAAGAUGUGUUACAGAAGCUGCUAGAAACUUUACAGGAGAACCACUAUCAGGAGGAUGAACAGUUCCUGGGGGCAGUUAUGCCUCGAUUAGGCAUAGGCAUGGACACCUGUGUGAUCCCCCUCAGACAUGGAGGCCUUUCUCUGGUCCAGACGACAGAUUACAUCUACCCUAUUGUAGAUGACCCCUACAUGAUGGGAAGAAUUGCUUGUGCCAACGUUCUGAGUGACUUAUACGCCAUGGGGGUAACAGAAUGUGACAACAUGCUGAUGCUUCUGGGAGUCAGCAACAAAAUGUCAGAAAAAGAAAGAGACAAAGUCAUGCCGCUGAUCAUCCAGGGGUUCAAGGAUGCGUCGGAGGAGGCAGGAACGUCCGUAACAGGAGGACAGACGGUGCUCAACCCCUGGGUAGUGAUGGGAGGAGUUGCCACAACAGUUUGCCAGCCCAAUGAGUUUAUCAUGCCAGACAAUGCAGUGCCAGGAGACGUGUUGGUGUUAACCAAACCACUGGGAACACAAGUGGCUGUCGCAGUACACCAGUGGCUAGAUAUUCCUGAAAAAUGGAAUAAGAUCAAGCUAGUGGUGACCCAGGAAGACGUAGAGCUGGCCUACCACGAAGCCAUGAUUAACAUGGCUCGGCUCAACAGAACAGGUAAAGCCAUGAUGAAGGUGUCCAAAAACUGA